AUGGAUGGUUCUUCUCCUGCUUCUACUAUAUCGCCAACGCCACAGAGCCCCUCCCUGACCACUGCGGCAGUGAACGAGUAUCGCACCGCACGGGCUGCAGAGAUACUGUCCGACUUUCGAACAUUACAGUAUUACAUCGCGGCGGUCCCUUCUGAGCCGCCAAACGUCGAGGACUACUACACGGAAGGGUGGGCAGCGCUGCGACAGUGUUCACUCGACGGGCAGCACAUCCUCAAUUGUGCCGCCGACACUUCUGUUCCGCGGUCUAAUGGGGGUGAGGAUGAACAGGCAAAGGCCGAGCUGCAGCAGGUGACACUAGACGCUUUUGCACGACGACACGAGGCACAGAAGAUCUAUCUCCGCCAGGCUGCAGCCCAGAGAUGGAUCGAAUACCGAGUGCAGUUCCUCCAAGACGGACGGCCGUCUUCCACCAACCGAAGACAGUUGCGCGCCUGCGACGAGCAACUGCGUAAUGAACUUGCACAGAUCACGGACGAGACGAUCUACCAAGAGCUUCGAAAUUCGGACGCAAACAUGGGCCGCUGGACGGCAGAAGACCCAAGUCUACGGGCUGUGCAGCGCUGGGUACGCUCGCGACCGCAGACAACCUAA